AUGAAAUCUAAGAAGUGGAGUGAAACAGGAGAAUGUAGAUCUAAAGAAUUAGCAGCAACCAAGCCUCUAUCGUCUUGUCAUCAGAAUACCUUUAGAACUAGCUUCACCUUUGAGUUUCUAGUGCAUUUACUCAUCACCUGGCUUGACACAUCCAUGUCAAAUGGGUAUGAUAUGUAUGUUAAUAAUUCAGACAAAUGGGAAUACAUGGAGUGCAAGUUCAACAACGGUACCCAGGAAGGGGAUAUGGAGGUGAGGCUUGAUAUGCAAGUCAUCCCCAAGAGAGGUAGUUUCAAGUAUCUUGGAUCUAAAAUACAAGGUAACAGGGAGAUUGAUGAAGAUCUCACGCAUCGUAUCGGAGCAGGAUGGAUGAAGUGGAGGCUCGCUUCCGGUGUAUUGUACGAUAAGAAUGUGCCGAUGAGACUUAAAGGUAAGUUUUACAAGGUUGUAGUUAGACCGACUAUGUUGUAUGGAGCAGAGUGUUGGCCGGUCAAGAACUCUCAUACCCAGAAGCUAAAAGUAGCUGAGAUGAGGAUGUUGAGGUGGAUGUGUGGACAUACCCGGUUGGAUAAGAUUAGGAAUAAAGUUAUUCGGGAAAAGGUGAGAGUGGCCCCUGUGGAGGAUAAGAUUCGAGAGGCGAGGUUGAGAUGGUUCGGGCAUGUUAAGAGGAGAAGUAUCAAAGUCCCCGUUAGAAGGUGGGCGAGCGGUUAG